GAUCGUUCGUUUCUGUCUUCUGUCAAAUGUGUGAACUACCGUAGUCGACGAUAUUUCUCUGUUUUUACUAACAUUGACGAAAAAUCUCCAUUUGUUUCGAAACCGUGUUGUUUUUAGUGAGUGUUUAAGUUCUAGCAAUCAUGUCGGACGGGCCAGACUCGCCGCCCUUUAGUACUGUCGACAUCAGCAGUGAUAAUAGAGAGGAUGAGGAUCUUUUCGCAUCCGCGGUCCAGGAAGUCAGCUUAGAUCCAGAAAUGAAUGGUGCAGCAGAUGGCUUAGAGAAAGCCACCAUAGGAAACCCUCCGUCCAUCACAACUACGCUCAGCAGCCCCAUCAUGGAGGAGAUAGCGACAGAACGCGCAAACAAUAUAAUCAUAACAAUCACAGAUCCACAAAAAAUCGGCGAAGGCAUGAGCUCAUACGUAGCGUACCGUGUGAUCACAAAGACCAACAUGCCAAUAUUCAGCAAAAAUGAGCUGUUGGUUUUGAGAAGGUUCAGUGACUUCCUCGGUCUGCAUGAGAAGCUGACUGAGAAGUAUCUACGUUCAGGAAGGGUCAUACCACCGGCGCCGGAGAAGAGUAUAGUUGGAACAACAAAACUGAAGAUGACGUCCACCCCAUCAACGGAGAGCGCCAACGGCAGCAGCUCAUCUGCCAGCGUCCAAUCUCAGUUCGUAGAGAGGAGGCGAGCUGGUCUCGAGAGAUUUCUGAACAGAGUGGCCCAACACCCUGUGCUCUGUAUCGAUCCUGAUUUUAGGGAGUUUUUGGAGUCUGACACGGAGUUACCGAAGGCCACAAGUACGUCUGCGCUGAGCGGCGCGGGCGUGCUGCGUCUGUUCAACAAAGUGGGAGAGACCGUCAACAAGAUCACCUACAGGAUGGACGAGUCCGAUCCUUGGUUCGAAGAGCGUUCCAGCCGCAUCGAAUCGCUAGAGUCGUGUCUUCGUCGUUUGUUCGUGGCGUGCGAGGCGCUGUCGGCGGAGCGGCGAGAGCUGGCGGCGCGCGCGCACGAGGCGGGCCGCGCGCUGUCCGCGCUGGCGGCCGCCGACGCGCAUGCGCCGCUCUGUCGCGCGCUCGCGCACACCGCCGACCUCCACGAGAAGAUCGAACAACUGAGGCUAGAGCAAUCCAACACGGACUUCUACGUGCUAACCGAACACAUAAAGGACUACCUCGGCCUGAUCGGCGCCAUUAAAGAUGUUUUCCAUGAGAGAGUUAAGGUGUUCCAGAACUGGCAGCACGCGCAGAUGCAGCUGACCAAGCGGCGCGAGAACAAGGCCAAGGCCGAACUGGCCAACCGCCCCGAGAAGAUCGAACAGGCCUCCAAUGAAAUCAUUGAGUGGGAAGCUAAAGUAGAACGCGGACAACAAGAGUUCGACCAAAUCUCUUCCGUGAUAAAGAAAGAAUUGGAGCGCUGGGAGGAGGCGAGACUCACUGAGUUGAGGCUCACUUUGUUGAGAUAUCUGGAGCUUCAUAUGCAGCAUCAGGCACAGGCGCUCCGCUACUGGGACGCGUUCCUGCCGGAGGCCCGCGCCAUCAAAUGAGAGCCGGAGUGACGGCGGCCGCGCCCGCUACUGCUACUGCUACUGCUACUGCUACUGUAACCUAUAAUUAUACUAUACUAUGUUUCUACACACGACGGAAAUAUGGACAAUGACCUCUCUUACAAUCUAUGCCCCAAUUAAACAAAUCAAUAAGUCCAAACAUUUUUGAAAAGAAAAUUGUCCUAAGCUUAAUCUUCUUCAUAGUCGUAUUCCUCAUGGCUGAGGGACGUGGUUAUUACGUGGAAUGAAACACACACAUAAUUGAAAGAUAAUUAACCUGUAUUGCUAAACUUACUUUCCCCUGGUACAACCAAUCUAUCAUAGCGUUUGGACGCUCAAAUACACCAAAAUUGCACAUAGCGAUUUCUUGAAAAUACUGAUCUAACGAUUGAUAUAAUUUGUCAAUAACUAUGUAUUUCAAUACGUUAGUGAAAUGUAUUUUCGGAUUUUAUUUUCAUUAUGAUGUCAUUUUUAAUCAAACAAUCUCUUCUAAAUAUAUCUUUGUCGUUGGCAAAUAUAUUACUAAUAUCUGAUAUUCUUAGAAAUUGUCAAUUUUUCGUCUGUUGUAGAAACAAAAUAUACCUUACACUUUCAUUAUAAUGUUUUCGUUAUUUAGGCUGACUAUUAACUCUCCUUGUUUUGUAGUAAAUGAAUAUUAUAAAAGUAAAUUUCUAUACCAGAGAAUUUUACUAAAAAGUAGUGUUUUUGGUCAGCCUAUUCAAUUUCACAUGAAACUACAAGAUCCCUUGUAGAAACUGCCCAGAUAAAUUAAUAUAAAGAACUUUAAAUAUUUUUCCCAACUAUAUGCAUAAUUAACUCGACUCCAUUAAGUCAAAGUUUUAAACUCAGUAUUUAUUUCCAAAUUAUAUCACAUUCCAUAAAUGUUUCAAAUUACGCUCAUAUUUUUUUAUGUUGAAAUUAGUUGCUACAGGAAAAAUAGUUUUGGCGUAGUUAGUAAAAUGUAUAAAUAUUAUUAAGAACAAAUAAGAAAUGUCUAAAAAUAUUUCGGAUUUACCUUAUAUGUAUAUUUAUAAUAUAUAUAAUAUGAUGAAUGAUCUUAUAUUAUCGUGAAAAAGGUUAAAAAAUCAUUGCAAUAAAACAAUGUAAUGUUAUAUAAAAUGGCGCUAGUAAAUAAAUUCAAAAGGGGUAUAAGCGAUCUCUAAACUGCCAAACAUUUAAUGGAAAAUUAACCUUACUGUCUUUGUAUAGAGUAUAGUUAUUCAAUACGUACCUGUAAAGGUCUAUUCGUUAUAUAAGAUCGUGUUGAAUGUAAAAUUAAUCUUAUAAUAAAAUAUAUUAUUUUUGUUUUAAAUUUUUGUAUUUGGACGUUUUUUUUGUUUUACAUGCCAGUGAGAUUCCAAGAAAAAAAAAUCCGUCAAAUGAUAUUUUAAGAAACGUGAAAAAUAUCUUUGAAAAUUUUUAAAUACAAUAUUCUUUUGCUUAGCUGUUUAGGAAUUAUUUUAUAUAUUUUUCAUAGCUGUAGCUUUUUUACUCUCGUGUAGCAAAAAAAAUUAAACUUGUCUAUGUGAAAAUAGCUAUGAUUUCUGAUCAGAAUUUAAAUAUGAAUUAAUCGAAUAUAACUAAUGUGGACCAUGGUAGUUCCAUCGGAGAUGUAGCAAAAAAGGUAAAGUGGGAACCUAGCCUAAAUCUAUGAGGUGCCCCAUAGGCGAUCUUUAUGAUUGAUGAUUUAUUUAAUGAUGCACACAAUAUAUAAAAAAAGAUAUCUGCUGUAAAAAUUUGUCAAAAAAAUAAAACUGUUUAAUUUGUUGCAAGUAUCCUUGUCGUUCAUUCAUAUUGCGCAGUGUAUUAAAUCUCCGCAAUCACCUGUGUAAAGAGCUACUUCAUAUGAUUACGUAAUUUAGUAGAUGUAUGAAAGAUUUUUGCUAUUUAAAUUAGGAAAAUGAUCAUUUCGCUUAUAAGGAAAAUACACACACAAUCAAUAUAUAUAUACAAUACACAAAUUUCGCUUUUUUAGACUCAUCUGUUGACUCAGACCUGUUGCGAAAUAAAGUUAAAAAAUACCUUUUCUGUUAUUUCACAUAGAUAUAUUUCAGCUUCACAAUUAAAAUAUUUCCAGUUUGAAAUCUGAAAAUCUAUGUAAUUUAUAUUUUACCUAGCACACGAAAUUUAAAAUAAGCUUAUGUUUUUAAUAUUUCUUUCUUUAAAUAUGUAAAUAAAUACUUGAACCAAUGCCCCGUUCUAUAUUGUGGAAGUAAUAAUAAACCUUUCCUAGAUUUAUUUUGAAAUUACUAUUUUACUUUGAAUUGUCCGUAUGUUAGGUAUGAAUCCAGAUUUUGUUGAAACUAUGUAUAUUUUUAUAGUCAUUUGUUUUAUCUUAAAUGUAAGAAUAUUAGGCAUUACAUCUAGACUUUGUAUUCAAAAAGAACGGUUAUUUAUUUAUAAACUCUGUCUGCAAAAAGUAGAAAACGAAUUUUUGACGUUUUUUAUUAUUGCAAUAACAAAUCGAAUGGUCAUGAUUGGUUGAUAAACUGGUAAAAUCGAUUAUUUUGUACUCUUUAUAGACAGACUGUAUGUUGCAGGCAAAGUAUUGAUUUGGUCACUAUGUGAUUGAUGCCAGCAUCUGCAUUAUAACAUUUGGGAUGUGUAACUGUAAAAUACCAAAACAAUAAUGUUUACAGUAUAAAGAACCUAACCUAACUUCUAUUUGCAAUGUUGAUAUAACCAAAUUUACAUUUUGCCUGCUACGAAAUAUUUACCUUAAUAGAUAUGAACAUUUAGGUAGAUUAUGAUUGAAAAAUCUCGAGUCUAAUGUAUUCCUUAUUUUUUAUAUUGCCAAAUAUAUUUAGAGGUAAUUCGGUGUAAUGGAAGAGAAGAAUUAUAAAUAAAAUUAUAUAAUGUUGGUUUCGAAAUCGACAA